AUGUUCUCUCGACUGGCAAUUAGACUCGCCAGACCGGCCUUCAAGCCGGUGACGGCGCUUCAGCCUCGCAUGGCCAUUCAACUCCGACUCAUGUCUCAGGCGACUGCCGGAAGCACUGGCCGGAAAAUGCCCUACAAGCCCACCAAGAGCACCGCCCCUGUCGAUUCGGUGCCUGCUACCUUUACCAUUCGAGAUGGUCCUGUCUUCAAUGGCACGGCUUUUGGGGCCAAUGCCAACAUUUCGGGCGAGGCCGUCUUCACCACCUCUCUGGUUGGCUACCCCGAGUCCAUGACCGACCCUUCUUACCGCGGCCAAAUUCUGGUUUUCACCCAGCCGCUCAUCGGGAACUAUGGAGUGCCCUCCAACGAGAGAGACGAGUAUAACCUUCUCAAGCACUUCGAGUCACCCCACAUCCAAUGUGCGGGUGUCGUCGUCUCUGACGUGGCUCUCAACUACAGCCAUUGGACUGCUGUCGAGAGCCUGGGCGAGUGGUGUGCCCGAGAGGGUGUUCCAGCCAUAUCCGGCGUCGACACUCGCGAGAUUGUCACCUUUCUUCGGGAACAAGGUUCUUCACUCGCGAGAAUUUCCAUUGGCGAAGAGUAUGACGCCGACGAAGAUGAGGGAUUCAUCGACCCUGGCCAGAUCAAUCUGGUUAGGCGCGUGAGCACUAAAGCUCCCUUUGUGGUCGAGUCUCCUGGUGCUUCACUGCACAUUGCUCUCAUCGAUUGCGGUGUCAAGGAGAAUAUUCUCCGAAGCUUGGUCAGCCGCGGAGCCUCUGUCACUGUCUUCCCUCACGAUUAUCCCAUUCACAAGGUUGCUCAGUACUACGACGGCGUCUUCAUCUCCAACGGUCCCGGCGACCCGACCCACUGCCAGGAGACUGUUUACAACCUCUCCCGUCUGAUGGAGACUUCUUCCAUUCCCAUCAUGGGCAUCUGCCUUGGCCACCAGCUUCUCGCCCUUGCCGUCGGUGCCCGUACCAUCAAACUCAAGUACGGUAACCGCGCCCACAACAUUCCUGCCUUGGACUUGACCACUGGACUAUGCCACAUUACCAGCCAGAACCACGGCUACGCCAUUGACGCCAGCACCCUGCCCAGCGAGUUCAAGGAGUACUUUGUCAACCUCAACGACGGCAGCAACGAGGGCAUGUUGCACAAGACUCGACCCAUCUUUUCCACCCAGUUCCAUCCGGAAGCCAAGGGUGGCCCGAUGGACAGCUCGUAUCUAUUUGAAAAGUACCUAGACAACGUUCGUCUCGCCAAGAGCAAUGCACUCGAAUACAGGGACAACCGUCCUAGCCAGUUCAUAUUGGAUGUGCUGAGCCGACAGCGUGUUGGCGUUGAGCCUGUGUCUCUUGCUAGCGCCGCGUGA